AUGGCUUCUCUCUCAAAAUUCGUCUGUAUUUUCACUCUAAUUCUUAUGAUCAAACCUAUGUUUUCUCAGCAAUCUUAUGACAAGUCUAACUGCACUUCAGAACCCCAACUUCCUGGUUCCAACUACAUAUGCAACCCCAAGAAACUUCCAUGCCAAACCUACAUAGUCUACAGAGCCCAACACAAUUUUCGGACGCUGUCUUCCAUAUCCUCUCUCUUCAAUGCAAAUAUAUCCGAACUCUUCACUACCAACAACAUGGUUGAAGCUAAUUCCAGCAAUCUCAGGCCUGGUCAGGAGAUCAUCAUCCCAGUUACCUGCUCUUGUCCUGAUCGGUUCUCUGAGGCAAUGUUCAUUUACAACUGUUCACAUUCAGAUUCAUUGCUUAUAAUUGCUUGUACAGUUUUUGAAGGAUUGGUGAAAGCCCAGAGUCUCAUUGAGGAGAACCCGGAUUUUGGAGGCGAUAAUCCUGGUGAUUUAACAAUAAAGGUACCUGUUCGUUGUGCAUGUCUUGCUAAAUUUGAAAGAGACAAUGGUGUAAGGUACCUUGUGACAUAUCCAGUGAUUCAGGGUGAUAGUACAGACUUGAUGGCACGUAAAUUUGGGGUGCCUGAAGAAAUGAUUCGGGCUGCUAAUAAAUUAGACCGUUAUGCAGCUAUUUACCCUCAAACCACAUUGCUCAUUCCCACAAAGGAUGUCCCAGUGGUGAAUUGGGAGAUUGAUUCUCUCUAUGAAAAUCCGCCUCCUAGUCCUCAGGAAGCUGUUCCUUUUAGGAAAGUCAAACACGGCGCAGAACCAAAUAACAAGAAUUCACACCUACUUCUUGGAUUCGGCAUCUUCAUUGUGAUAGUUCUAAUGGUUGUGGCUUCUGGGGGUUCCAUUUUCUUUUGGAAAAGAUAUCAUCAGAGGUUCCAACCUUCGGUGGCUAGAAGUUCUCAACUGUCAAAUUUGUCGCCUGAUUUUCUAGAUGGGAUGUCCAAGCUGAAGCACUCAUUGAUGAGUUUCAGCUUAGAGGAGCUGAGGAAUGCAACCGAGGACUUUGGCAAGGCAUCUAUCAUUGGUAGAGCAGUGUAUCAGGGAAAGAUUAGGGGUAGCAUCAUGGCCAUCAAGCAGAUGGAUUCAGAGGAAGGAGCCCGCCAUGUCAUUGAGAUAUUGACGAGGCUUAAUCAUGUCAACAUGGUGAAGCUAGAGGGAUGCUGCUAUGGAACCAGGCCCUAUCUUGUGUUUGAGUUUGCAGAGAAUGGUAGCUUAAGGGACUGCUUGUCCAAUCCAAAGAUAGCUAGGCAGCUCACAUGGAAAAAGAGAAUGCAGAUUGCUUUUGAUCUCGCUGUGGGUCUUCACUACAUUCAUUACUACACCAAGCCCGGUUAUGUUCAUAGAAACAUAAACAGCAGAAGUGUGCUCAUAACCAUGGAUUGGAGGGCCAAGAUUUCCGGGUUUAGAAUGGCAAGGGCACUGCUGUACAGUGAAGAAGAGAGGGAGACGGAGAUUAUUAAUGAAUCUGUGAUAGUGGGGAAAAAGGGGUAUUUAGCUCCAGAGUACCUGAGCCGUGGGCUAGUUACAACUAAGAUGGAUAUAUAUGCAUUUGGGGUUGUUUUGCUUGAGCUGAUAUCUGCCAAAGAAGCUAUUACAAAGGAGAAUUUCUUGAAGGAUUCUGCAAAGUUUCUGAUAGAUGGAGGGCUAGAAGGGUCUUCAGAGUACUUGGAGAAGUUGAAGAAAUUCACUGAUCCUGUUCUGCAGGGGGAUUACCCUUUGAGUGAUGCCUUGUGUCUGGCACUCUUGGCCAAGUGUUGCACGGAGGAGGAACCCCAUCAAAGACCCACGAUAAAUGAUCUUUUGAAAGCUCUUUCCAGAAUCCUAUGA